AUGGGGGAAAAUUAUGUGUUAAAGUCUCCAAAGAAAGACGAACAACUUGUCCCAGAUUCCAUAAUCGAUGAAUUUUUUGAAAGCAACGCUGACAAUCUAUCUGAUUUCGAGGGCGUUUUGGAUAUUAAAGAUAGAGGGAAUCAAGGAGAAGGUAUUAUGAGUAGCACAUAUGAUGAACUCAGGUGGGACCAUUUGAUCGAAUGGGAUGAACUUUCAAUCAAUGAAGUGGAUCAAGAUCGGGGUGUUUGUGAUCGGGACAAGUCCGCACAUCGGGAGGGUAAUAUGGUCAAUUUGAUUGGAAACAUAAAGAAAGAAAUUUGGGGAUAUUGGGAAGAAGAAGUCGAUGAUGAUGAAGAUCAAGAGCAUAAUGAGAAGAAAAAGAGUUUAAAUUUAAGCUUGAAUUAUGUUAUGGAUGCCUGGUCGAACCGUGGUCCUUGUUGGACUGAUGACUUCGCUCAAUCAACCUCUGACAAUGGCUAUGGAAGAUUUGUGAAAAGGGAAUCAUGA